GUACAAACUUGUGACAUUACUUACACAGCAUUCAUUGUCCAUGGUGGCGGGUGCAGCGGUGGUGGUCGUGGUGGUGGUAAGAGUUGUUACAGAGUGGGCAACCGAUACAUGCUAAUUAGAUAUGGCGGCCAUAAUGUAUGUACUCGGAAUUGCCCGCACUUGCAAGUUGCACCAGUGUCUACCCGACGGUGUGAGUUGUCAACGGUUUGGGGUAACACUACGAGUCAUAUUACGGCUUGACGCCUGUUAUAAGCCUGCUACCACACGAUGAACGUUCCCUCCCCAGCUUCUCGCCGUCCCACUCUCGUCCACAAACAGAUCAUAUAGUCAUGGCUUCGGAAACUAAGGUCAUUCUAUGGGGCUUUGGCAAAGAUUCGAACGUGCCCAGUCCUUCUGCGUUUUGUCAGAAAGUGGAGACCUUCUUGCGGUUCACAUCCACACCGUACGAAUUCCGCGCGACUACUUCAAGUAAAGCACCGAAACGUAAACUGCCAUACGCCGAUGUCCAUCACAACGGCAAGAUUGUGACGAUCGCCGACUCCCAUUUCAUCAUUCGCUAUCUCAUCGAGAAUGGCAUAUCCAGUGAUCCAGACAGCAAAGCUAAUCUCACGUCCAUACAAAAAGCCGAGUCACGAGCGUUCCAAGGGUAUUUGGAAGAGGUCGUUUAUAAAGCUAUCGCCUACGAAAAGUGCUUCAACGAUACUAAUUUCGCGAAUGCGAUGUCAGAACUGCCAGAAAUUGCGGCUAUUCCAUGGAUUAUCAAGCCACUCGUCAUAAAAAUGGUGCGGAGAAGUGCUCGAAAGUCAUUGUGGAACGCGGGAGUCGGAAGGCAUUCUCGAGACGAAGCGAGGACGUUGGAGGAUGAGGGAUUUGGAGCUUUGGAUGCACGCUUGUCCCUCCAUCCAUAUUUCCAUGGUGAUAAAGCUACGUCGAUCGAUAUUAUGAUUGCGGGUUUGUUGACAAGUACUUUGGGCACGAAGGCGAAUCCCUACUUCUACGACAUGGUCGUGAAGAGUCCUAUUCUUAUUUCCUUCUGUCGGCGCAUGUCGGUUCCACUCUUUCCGGAGUAUGAGCAAGUGAUCCUCGAUAUCGAAAAUGCGGAAAAGGAACAAGGCAAAAAUGAAGAUGCUGUAGAGACCUCCUCUUCGUAAGAAGCUGAGAUUAUACUCAACUUUUCGCAGAUACUUUUUUGUUGGAUGACCCCCAAAGUCAAGUUGCAGUCAUCCACAGUGCGCUGACAUCAUUUCGAUUUAAAGUAACUGCGGUGUGAUAGUAUUACUUGACUACAAAAAUUGGUCAUGAUACGCUGUCAGUGCUAGUAAUCGUUGUAAUUGCCAAUCUGAUCCACGAAAGUAUUGAGACUAUG